AUGACUAGAAGCCCAAUUAACCUUGAUAACGUCUACGAGAACAAUCUUGGCACUUUUAAGAAAAUAAGUGAUACAGUUCUGCCAGUCUCGUACCCCGAGAAGUUUUUUAGCGAUCAAUUUAGCACUGAUGCCAAACAAAAAGAAUUGUACUUCUCGAAAUUAGCAUAUUUUGGUGAAGUCGCAGUUGGAGGAGUGAGAGCUAAGCUUAUUGCGAAUAAAAGCAAAGGCGUUAAAGCUGCAGGUGUGUACAUUGAAAUUUUAGUUGUGUUGGAGCCUUACAGAAGCAAAGGCAUUGGGUCAAAACUGCUAGAGUACGUUAUUGAUGAAUGUAAAAAUCAUUUCCAGCACCAAAUUUUUGUGCAUGUUGCUACCAAUAACUCAGAAGGUUUGAAAUGGUAUGAAACUAAGGGUUUCGUGAAGCAGGAAGAGUUGAAAGAUUACUACAAAGAUACUAGAGGCUCGCCCGACGCCGUCGUUUUAUGUUUAACAAUGUAG